AUGUUGAAGAAACCCGCUGAAACUGACAAAAAUGAUUCCUCAACGGUUUCGACUACACAUCGUCGGCGAGCUGAUUCAUUGUUACGUGAAGUACGUGAUGAUGACGACAAUAGCAACGAAACUGUGGCACCUAGAAAACAUGCUAAAUCGGAAGCAGUUGAAAUUGUUGAUUUCAUGCGAGAUGCUUGGAAAUUACCGACUCCAGGAAUAAUUAUAUCAGUGACCGGUGGAGCGGCGUUAUUUGAAAUUCCAUCACCACGCAUACGCAAGCUAUUGCGACAGGACUUGGUAGCAGCAGCAGUGUCUACAAAUGCUUGGAUAUUCACUGGUGGUACUAAUUCAGGUGUGAUGAAAGAAGUAGGUGAUGCAUUUCAUGCCUGUCGUUAUAAGGGUACGAAAACAACAUGGAAGAUUCCCUGCAUCGGUAUUGCUGACUGGUAUGCAACAAUAGGUCAAGCAUAUCACCUUUAUUAUAGGUUAUCGUAUACCGAUCGUGCAGAUUCUCAUUAA